CUGAUAUGUCACUGUUAACAGCUGCGUUAUGGACGGUGUGCUUUAAGACCUACUCUGUGUAGCUAUCUAAGUGGCUUUAGUGAAAUUAGUUGGAGUGGAUGUAUUACUGCGAGAGAAGACCUUUUGAGAGAAGAAAGCAACAGUUUGAGAGAAGACAGCUGGAUGUCACAACAGCUGGAAUCGUCGUUUGCUCGACACCUGACGGCCAAAUCAGGUAAUUUAUUUUUGUCAGGUGUAGCACUGGUUAGCCGUCCAGAAAACAAAAUAUAUUGCACUUGAUUACACCGUGAGGAUUACUAGCCUGGCAUACAGAUAUUACACAGAGUUUAAAAAUGAAAUAAGGUGGCAACUAUUUAUUUAUUUUAAAAAGUUCAGUUACUUAACACACAAUUACCGUAAGUGUGAACAUUAAAAUAUAUACGAUUAAAAGUAAUUAACCUUAUGUUCUCGGUCCUCUUCAAGAUAAAAUCAUCAAUUAAUUAUUUUGUAAAGAUUUCAUAUAUAUAUUUUUUUAAAUACUUGCUUUACUUGUCAGUCAAGAUUCAGGCUAUCAAUUUUACUAGUCAUAACAUUUUAACAUAUAAAGUUAACUAGGUCAUUAGGGUAUAACCUAUCAAGUUAACUAGGUCAUUGUGUUGUAACAUAUCAUGUUAACUAGGUCAUUAUAUUAUAAUGUAUCAAGUUAACUAGGUCAUUAUAUUGUAACGUAUCAAGUUAAUUAGGUCCUUUUAUUGUAACAUGUAAAGUCAACUAGGUCAUUAUGUUAUAACGUAUCAAGUUAACUAGGUCAUUAGCAUAUUGAGAUUAUUAUUUUCCAAGAUCCUAUUGAUAAACAUAUUUCUUUCCACUGUCUUGCAAUAACAGUACUGUCUAAGACAUGGACAACAAACAUUUUUGGGUAAACUUCAGUAAAAAAAAAAGAGCUAAAACAAAACAAAAAAGUUGUCAUGGUAACCAGAAAUUGAUGAGAUCCACAAGUUAGCCGCAUUCAGUUAUUAUUCUAUUUAUGGCAGUGGUUCUCAACCUUCCUAAUGAUGCAACCAUUUAAUACAGUUCCUCAUGUUGUGGUGCACCCCCCCCCCCAGCCAUAACUUUAUUUUCGUUGCUACUUCAUAAAUAUGUGUUUUACGAUGGUCUUAGGCGACCCCUGUGUAAGGGUCGUUCGACUCCCAAAGUGAGGUCUAAAGGAACCCAUUUUUUGUGUGUACACACGCCAAAUAUACAGAUCAACAAAAACGUAUAGAAACACAUACACACACAAACAUUUCCAAAGACAAUACAUAUAUAUCUGCUCACAAUACUAUCUGGAUGGGUUACAAGAAAAUGUAGAGUAACCUUGCUUGGGGUUGGGGUUACACAGCGGAAUGUUUUAAGACAGCCCUGGACGAGGAAGGGCCACGCGUUGCCUGAUUUGAAACUCUGUGAACGUAAUAAUGUGUCACACGAAAACUGAGACGAAUACUAAUUAGGGCAUUACGCUCGCGUUUAAUUGGUGCAUGUUAUGUAUUUAAAUAAUGACCGUCCCUUAUUCACGUGAGCAUUGCACCAGACUCCAUCGCUUACCUUGUCACGGUAUAGAUCGUUAAAAUAGAUAUCUUUUUUAAAAGCUGCUGCUUAUAAUGAAAAUUUGUCUUCUUUAACCGAUCAACAUUUAAAAUCAAGACGUUAAAAUAAAUAGUUCACAUGCUCACCUCUGAGAGUGCUGUACACUCAAAUCUAAUGACUUCAGUUUAAAUUGAAUUCACUACAAGAAAAAUGUGCCCGUUGUGAAUUCAGAGUGUUACAGUUCAAAUUCACCUGUUGUGCAUUCAGUGUAUUACAUUUCAAAUUCAGCUGUUAUGCAUUCAAUGUACUACAUUUCAAAUGAACCUUCAUUCAGUUUUUAUUAAUUUUUCGCCUACUACUAAGGUAAUUAAUUGAUCUCUAGACAAUGUACCAUUGGAUAUCUACGUGAUUCUUUCUUUAUAACUUCACUAUCUCUCCCGUAUCAAUCUCUCGCUCUUACUGUCAGUUUCUCUAUAAUCUCUCUCUCUCUCUCUCUCUCUCUCUCUCUCUCUUACUCUCUCACAUCCAGUCUUUCUCAUUUUCUCUCUCUCUCACUCGGUCUUUCUCUCCCUACCUAUCUCUCUCUCUCUUUAUCUACCUAUCUCUCGCUCUGACUGUCUGUUUUUCGAUCUCUCUCUCUCUCUCUCGCUCUCUGACACUCAGUUUCUCUCCCUCUCGCUUUCUCUUCGUUUGCUGAUUAUAUUCAUGUAGUUUUAAAAAGGAUAUUCUAUCUCUAUUACAUUUUUAGUACCCUUUCGCUUACUACAAUAUAUAUUUAUUUUUCGCCUCUAUGCCUCUCUCAUAUAGCUGUCUAUCUCAGUGACACCACCUCAGUGUCCCGAUCAGAGUGUUUCUAUAUCACUAUCUCUAUCUCAGUAUCUCUAUCUCAGUAUCUCUAUCUCAGUAUCUCUAUCUUAUGGUCUCUAUCUCACUGUCUCUAUAAACAGCGCACGGGAAAAUGUAAAUUUCCACCAUUACACUCUGAAAAAAACCUCAUUGAAUCCCCCCCCCCUUUUUUUGUACAUUUACAUUUUAGUGACCUGAACAAUACAUUUACAGUAUAUCUCCGUUUUACGACUUUUAAAUUGCCAUUAAAACGAGGUCUCGAAUUAGAGGGGUCUUAAAAAAGAGGUGGGACGUUUUCGAAAAAUGACAUUUAGAAAAUUAAGUAAACAUGUAAAAUAGAUACAAAAAAAGUACACGUACCAUUAAGUAUUGGCAAUAUCUACCAUCUUUCUUUCAGAAAUAAAGUCAAUACCUUCCUGUUCUUCAUUAAUUCCAAAAUAUAAAACAAAUCAAUGCUGGUGUGAUAGAUGUUUAAAAGCGUGUGUAAGUGCUGAGUACAUGCUUAGAGUUAUAACUAUUUAUGUAUAAAAUAAGCUCAUUAAUAUUGUUGCAUUUUAUUAUAUAUUUAUUUUAUUAAAUCAUUGAAUAGUUGGGUUUUUUUUUUUUUUUUUUUUGAAAGAAAGCUGUUUUUUUUGUUUUCUUUCAUGAUCCCCCCCCCCGAGCAUGGUCUUUUUUGUUUUUUUUUAUUUUUUUUUUUUUUUUUUUUUAAUUUUUGAAUUGUUGGGUUUUUUUUUUUUUUUUUUUGGAAAGAAAGCUGUUAUUUCUGUUUGCUUGCAUGAUCCCCCCACUCGAGCAUGUUCUUGUAGUUUAUUAUAUAUUUAUUUUAUAAAUCAUUGAAUAGUUGGGGUUUUUUUUGGAAAGAAAGCUGUUAUUUCUGUUUGUUUGCAUGAUCCCCCCACUCGUGCAUGUUCUUUUAGUUUGUCAAUUUUGAACACCAGAAAGGGUGUCGUCAAGGAUUGAAAGGCCUCUGCUCAGGGCUAAUCUGGUCAGCUUGUUGGAGUAUUUCAAGGUAGUGGAGAAGUUGAUAGGUGGUUCUUCAUCUUUCUCAUUCUCCGUGCCACUGAGCUGGUUAUGUACUGUUCAAAGUUGUUAGCGAAACUGUUUUCUUCAAGCGCAUAAAUAUAGCCUUGCUUUGGAGGCUGACUUUUUUCUUGUGCCAGGUCGUGAAAUUGAAUUAUUCGAAGGUCGCAAGUCCCGUUUUAGAGAAAGUCGUUUAAGAGAGGUCGUUUAUAUAGUACAAAGCAUCGGUGAAUUUUUUCCGGUCGUAUGUUGGAAGAAGGCUUUAAGAGAGGGUGUCAAAACGGAGGUUUUACUGUACAUACUUCUAGACUUGUCAAAUGAUGAGUUUCUUAUCUAAAUGUUCAAGUAAACUUUUAUAACAAUUGUUUCACAUAUCUCUUGACCGCCUUUGGAUACCACUUUUGAAAUUUGAGCAUUGAGAUAACACACACUUAUUUUGUUGUUUCUGUUUUUUUUUUUUUUUACAAAGCACUCACACAUAGGCGCCAACUAAUCGUAGUAUUAAAUAAAAUCUUGUCUUAUGGGUAAUUUUAGGUUUUCACUGUGAUUUAGUUGUUGCGUUUCUGUUACCUUACAUGAAGUAACCCUUACCUACUUAAGUAACAGGCACGUGCCAACGUUACCGAGAUUCGCUGUACUCACUUCUCACCUUGUUUUCAGUUCACGUGAAUUAGUAGAAAUUCAACUCGAUAUAAAACAAGAAUACACAUUCGCACUGGAGCAGAGAAAUGGUGACUAUUUGCUCAAUGUCGAAAUCGUCAUAGAUUCCCCCCCCCACCCACCCCCCCCCCCCCCCCCCCCCCCCCCGCCCCCCCUCACCUUACCCUCACCGUACCCUCACCGUACCCUCACCUCGGAUCUGUAAUACAGAAAUAUUUAGAAUUCAUAGCCCCGUGCUUUUUACGUUUUUUUCGAAGGUAUAGAAAUUAAAUUCUUGUCGGGCGAACACCUGUGACGUGGCAAUGCGGAGUCAUAAGCAGGAGAAAAAGGCGAGAUCUUUUCAUUUGACCCAGACAGUCUAGUCCGAAUAACGUCCAGAUAGAUGGUUUACCCUGUCCUAUGAGUCCCCCUAACGAACAACCGUUCCUCCUCUUGGUCCGCCUCUGCAGUGACGUCAUUUAAGUGAAUACGCUUGUAUCGUUUCCCCGCGGCGUCUAGAGAACUUGCCAUCACGGUGUCGUGGAAACACAAGGAGCCAAUCUACCGCUGAGGGUUUAAGAUAAGACGGUAUGGUUAUGACUAAUGAGUACCGUUGUGUACUGCGUUCACCGCGACAGUUUUUAGCUCAUGAUCUGUAUUGUUUGACGUCUUCAGCUCUUUUGACGUGACGCCCCGGAGAGAAUGCCACAGGAAAACAUUACGUACCUCAGUGGAUCUCGCGAUGAGAUUAUCGGGUACAAACGGGGCGUGGGGAUCAGCAAGGUGCAGCUGGCUGCAGUUGUUUUUGUAUUGACCGCAGCUGGACUGGGCGUAGGUUUACUGGUCGGAAAGUUCGGUAUAUGUCAGCCCGAGGACAAGAAUGAUGGUGACGUCAAAUCUCGGGUACUGGACAGGCUGGUCAGCGAGGCUGACCCGACCAUCUCACAGCUGAUCAUGGAUGGGAUAGAUCCCCACAGGAUAGAAGAAAACCUGAGGUAAGUCUUGCAAAUAGGUGUGCCCUGAAAUGUUCAAAUAGACAACCAACUCCGAUUCCUGGUAUGGGACGACUAAGCAUAGUAAUUUCAAAUUGCGGUUUAAAAAAGGUACGGAUGUUUUCUAAGACGCAAAGCUGUUAAUAUUUAGUUUACUAUUGACAUAUUAGAAAUUUUAUCUGUUUGUGAAAACAAUUUUAAUAUCUAGACACCAUUUACUUUCGAUAACCUGUUACAAAAUUAGUGCUGAGUUUAUGUGCAUCGUGAUUCCUGAAAUAUCCGAACAACAAACUCAUAAUGUGUAAAGAAUGGUCUACUGGAGAUUGAUUACCUUCACGCCCUCAGUCUAUAAUUCGAUAGAUUCAAAAUGAAACAAACCAUAAGUUUGCUAUAGUCAAACGGCCCCAAACGACUCCAAGCUUCUUGGUCAAUUUGUGUAACUUUAACACAUCUGCUGUUUAAACAUCGCAAGAAAAAUCUUGUUGGCCCCGCUUUCGAUAUUCUUGACAUAUAUUUUGCCAUUUUUGUCUAAUGUAUAUUGGGUUUUUUUAAAUCCUCCCCUACGCCACCUAGACUGUUGACCAGAAAACCCCACAUUGCCGGGAGACCGAACGAUUUUGAGCUGGUCAAACUCCUGCAGCAGCACUUCAAAGACAACGGCCUGUUGGUGCAGACCGCGCCCUACGAUGUCCUGCUGUCGUACCCCAGUGAAACCACGCCCAACAGCGUUCGCCUCGUCGACGGCAGGGGUCACGUGGUGUACGACUCUGUCACAGAUGAAAGUGACAUAUCCCAUUUGCCCGACGUCGUGCCGCCAUUUCAUGCCUACUCUGCCAACAGCCUCGUCGAGGUUAGUGGUUUCGGUAACACUUUUAUUUCUCAUGGUGGCCAGGGGUUCUCAGCCUGAAUUCAGUGAAGCUUGGGUUUGAAAUAUUGUCAAUUGUAAUCAACCAGAUUAUAAGCAUCUACAAAUCCUUCGUUAAUCAAGUCAAGUCAGGUGCACCGUCUAUCCCCAAUGUUACUAAUGUGCACCAUCUAUCCCCAAUGUUACUAAUGUGCACCAUCUCUCCCCAAUGUUACUAAUGUGCACCAUUUAUCCCCAAUGUUACUAAUGUGCACCAUCUAUCCCCAAUAAGAGUAACGUGACCCUCUAUCCGCAUAUAAAUAAUGUGCACCCCCCUAUGCGCACAUGAGUAAUGUGCACUCUCUAUCCCACAGAUGAGUAAGGUGCACUCUCUAUCCCACAGAUGAGUAAGGUGCACUCUCUAUUCCACAGAUGAGUAAGGUGCACUCUCUAUUCCACAGAUGAGUAAGGUGCACUCUCUAUCCCACAGAUGAGUAAGGUGCACUCUCUAUCCCACAGAUGAGUAAGGUGCACUCUCUAUUCCACAGAUGAGUAACGUGACGCUCUAUCCACAGCAGAGUAAACUGUUUCAUUCACGCAAGGAGUAAAAAUGAUCGUAGAAAUCCGUGGUCAUAAUACUUCUAUAGAGUUUCUAUACAACUAGUCUGAUUGAAUGAUCAGUAGAACACAUGAUUGGUCUGAUUGAAUGAUCAGUAGAACACAUGAUUGGUCUGAUUGAAUGAUCAGUAGAACACAUGAUUGGUCUGAUUGAAUGAUCAGUAGAACACAUGUUUGGUCUGAUUGAAUGAUCAGUAGAACACAUGAUUGGUCUGAUUGAAUGAUCAGUAGAACACAUGAUUGGUCUGAUUGAAUGAUCAAUAGAACACAUGGUUGGUCUGAUUGAAUGAUCACAGAACACAUGAUCGAUCAUUAAGUUUAACUUUUUUUUUUUACAGAUCUUAUUCAAAGAACAAAUUAAACAACGUCUAAAAACCAUAGUUCUUCGUAUAAGUCCUUUGUAUGUAUUUUUAAAUUAUUUUAUUUUAUAUUAGUAUUCUAAUGACCGACCCGCCUUUACACAGCAGACUUAUUUAAGCACCAUUUAAAGACUUUUUUUCUUUAUAUAGAUGUUAGGACAUCAUAGCGCUGUGAGCAUGCUAUAAUAGCAUGGACAAAGGCUCUAUAAAAGUACUCACUCCUCCUCAUCAUCAUCAUCAUCAUCAUAGUUCAGAGAAACGCAAGGAAACAUUGCGCACCAGACGCACUGGUGAUAUUUUUUUAAGAUAUAGAAUCUCACUUAGCGCAGUUAUCGGGAAUUUUAUUUCAUGAAAUAAGUGGCAUCAUAUUUUCUCACUUAGCGCAGUUAUCGGGAAUUUUAUUUCAUGAAAUAAGUGGCAUCAUAUUUUCUAAAUCUUUCCCCUUGAAAAACAGAUUUUUAUGGGUUAAGGGUGCACUGAAAAUGUGAAUGAAUGUGCAACGAGUCUUUGUGCCAAUUUUCAGCUGAAAAGGUUGACGUUAAGUGUGUCAAUUAGCCGUCCCGAAGAUUUAGCCCUAAACACACAAAAGCGAAGUUAAUAUAACGGAUUUAUUGUUUUUUAAAUAAAGAAGUUUAGUUUUUAGUCAUAAAUUGAAAAUAGUUGUGUUUAUUGUUGUUUCGUUUAUAUUUUGUUCUAGUUUCAGGAGAGGAGAAGGGGUGAGGGGGCGUGUAGAAAUAAACGUGGGGAAAAUUGCUAAAUUCGGACGACGCGUUUAGAACAACAUAAUUGUUACGUAUCAAAUUACAAAGUGUUUUGUCCUACGCAGAGUCAAAACAAUGAAUUUGCAAUGCAAAGCAAUCCCAGAAUACAUUUCAUGAUUCAUUAUGUGUUGUUGUUGUUGUAUUAACAGGGUCAGAUUGUCUUCGUAGGAUACGGACGUCAUCUGGAGUACGAGAGUCUUCUGAAGCUGGGCAUCAAUGUGACAGGUCACCUCGUCCUGGUCAAAUAUGGCAAGCUGUUCAGGGGCGAUAAGGUGAGUUCUAGCAUCUCUUCCCGAAAAAAAAUAAUUGAGUUUAUACGAAAUGCCUGACUGGCGGGGCAGGUCUGAUCCAUGUCAUAGCUAAAUACAGAUAUCCUUUGAAUCACUUUUAGAAGAAGCAUACGCUCUAACUCAAACUUUGUCAUAAUGGCAAUAAGUGCGUUGACAUAGACCGAGCAAAUACGUCACUGAUUGAAAGUUUUCUUGUAACUCCUUAUUGCGUUUCAACUCGGAUGCAUAUGUGUCCCUUUAAACAAAGAAGCAUUGUUUGAUUAUCCUUGUUAUUACUUUAGGACUAUUUAUGAUGUGCCCCAGGGUUUACUUCAAACUUUAGUUAUCAAAUUUGUCUUAGUCCUUUAUAGUCUGUUGCAAUGCGUCGUAGAAUGUGAGAUGGGGAGUUAGGGGAAUGAGGGAGGAGACGCUCAAAAGAUAAACUGAAACAACAAAUAAAUAUUAAAGCUCUUUAUGUCUGUAAAUGAUUUGGACGAUUUCACCCCCGCCCUCCCCCUGUCUUUAUGAGGUGCAAUAGAUUGAUGAAAACAGUCUGAAUAUCUAGUCUUUUUAAGAAUGUUAUGCUGCAUUCUGAAAUAAUUAUUUUAAUUGAAGACACAAGCCUGGAAAACAUUGUACAAGAGACGAUGCAAGUGAUGAUCGCUGUCUGUAAAAAAGAGACUAGAGAUUAUUUGUCGUUCUCGAAUUGUAUUAUAGAAGCUUUCUACUCACAAACAUAAUGUUACUGACUGUUUGAUUUCUUGUAGGUCGCCAUAGCUGCAUCCUAUGGCGCUACUGGUGUCAUCAUGUAUACCGACCCCGACGACUACACUGGGUUCAAGUCCGGGGACCGUAGGGUGUAUCCUGAAACUUGGUGGAUGCCACCCAACGGGGCGCAGAGGGGCACCAUAUUACUGGGUGAGGGAGACCCUCUCACACCUGGGUACCCGGCGAACGGUGAGUCAGGACAUGUCAGUUACAUGUCUUGGGGUACUUAACUUUUAAAGGGGUCAUUGCUUAACUUUUUAAAGGGUCAUUGCUUAACUUUAAAAGGGGUCAUUGCUUAACUUUUAAAGGGGUCAUUGCUUAACUUUUAAAGGGUUCAUUGCUUAACUUUUUAAGGGGUCAUUGCUUAACUUUAAAAGGGGUCAUUGCUUAACUUUUAAAGGGGUCAUUGCUUAACUUUUAAAGGGGUCAUUGCUUAACUUUUUAAAGGGUCAUUGCUUAACUUUAAAAGGGGUCAUUGCUUAACUUUUAAAGGGGUCAUUGCUUAACUUUUAAAGGGGUCAUUGCUUAACUUUAAAAGAUGGCAGGACGCACAUUUUAAAAGAGUCCACGGUAACUAGAUCUUCGGAGAGAACAAAGAGGCGUUGGAGUAGAUUUUUGCUGCUGUUGAACUCCUAGUUUUAAUUAUUUUAAAAAAAGAAUUAGAUGGGGAUAAAACUUAAAAUGAAAUGGUCUUUUCGUCUCCCGUUUUUUGAACGCUUCAAUAUUUCCAUUCCAGAAUAUUUAACAGGGGUUUUUUUUUUUUUUUUUUGGUGAGUCGUACAAUUUAUUUUAAGCACACUUCUUGAUCAGAUUUUAUUUUGUAAUGGCGCUUAAAAAAUUUUUUUUUUUUUUUUUUUUUUUUUUUUUUUUAUUUUUUUUUUUUUUUUUUUUUUUUUUUUUUUUUUUGGUGAGUCGUACAAUUUAUUUUAAGCACACUUCGUGAUCAGAUUUUAUUUUGUAAUGGCGCUUAAAAAAUAUUGAUUUAACUGCAAUUAUCAUUGCCUAGACGCAAAGGUAUUCAGCAAAAGUAAUUAAGUCCCUUGUAGAAAAUGCCCUAAGUUAAAUUCCUCGACUAAAUUUCUUCUCAGAUUUAGCAUUCCGUUACGCCGAGAAUGAGGUGGACCCACCUAUGCCUCAGAUUCCCUCUCAUCCUAUUGGCUACGGUGCCGCCUACAAUAUUAUCAGGUCUGAAGCGCAUCAUUUUAAGUUUGAUUUUUAAAAAGAUUUUUUUUUAAAUUUAUUUUUUUAUUUUUUUUUAUUUCGUGUAAAUCUGUCCAACAUAUCGUGCCCAUGAUCAGAGCAAGCGCCUCUUGUUGUCUGAACGUAAAAACGGUUCAUUAAGCAAUUAAGUCACCAACUCGCCGUUGGAAUUAAGACAAACAAACUCUAGAAGGUUGUUUAAGUUGAAAAGUGUACGCUGGCGUCCAGAAGUCCAUAACCAAAUAUCGCUGUGUACAGGGUCUAGCAGUUACAAAUUAAUUUUAAUACAUUUACACAUUUAAGUAUUGUUAGUUGACCCUCUGAUACUCUUGUACUAACAACUUCGGAUAAUGAACAUCUUUACCCAACUUUGGAUAAUGAAGAUCUAUAUCUUUUAUAGGAUCCAAUCUUUAUACAAGAACAUUGCGUAAGUAAAGAAAAUGUCAUGGUUUUGUUUUAUCUUUUACUGUCUAUAAAGGUACUUGAAUGGGUCAAAUGUGCCCUCUGGUUGGCAAGGGGCCCUAAACAUUACAUACAGGACAGGACCUGGGUUCACACAACCUGGGAUGUAAGUUACCAAAUGCUAUGUAAACAUUAUCAGUUGUCAAAACGUGUUGUCAAAAGACAUAGGCUUGGUUACAAUUUUUAUUUCGUAUGAAGUAAAUUUUUGCUGAAUAGAAUAUCUUUUAUUUUACUGUCAACAUUUUAUGAUGCAUACGUAUGAUGCAAUGAUAACCUUUUCCCCUGCUCAUGAUUCAAUGAUAACGUUAUAUCUCUAAUGAACUUUGUGAUGAGAAUAUAAUUAUCGGACCUCAAAGAAUAAAAAUGGGUACUCCAGGUUAGAAUCUGAUCAGACCGUACAUGUACAUUUACAAUAUUUUAAUGUUUACUGCUUUUUCCCCUGACAAGAGAUGAACUACAAAAGUGUGACUUCUAAUCUAAAAUAAACAAAGAAGUACAGUUCUAUAGAUGUUCAUUAUUUAUCAUCAAUGCCAUUAUUCUUCCUCUAGGAAGAUUCAACUGAACGUCACGUCUAGAAAUGAAAGAGUUAAAGCCGAGAACGUGUUCGGCAUCAUUAGGGGAUCGUCCGAGCCGGGUCAGUACGCACAUAGUUGUGGUGGAGACAUUCCCAGCAUGUUUCUAAAUAGAAAUUAAUUAAAGGCGGAGCAGAGCUGUUUCGAGACAAAGAAAGAGCUUACCAUGUUCUAACACCCUGUCACCUACUUACUUACAGGCUAAUCGAAGUCAACAACUAUCCUCCGUUUCAGAUCGUUAUGUUCUUUUCGGCAACCAUCGUGACGCAUGGAUUUACGGAGCCCUUGACCCGUCCAGUGGUACAGCGAUUCUUAUGGAGCUGGCCCGGGUUAUGGGCGGCCUGGUCAAAUCAGGUGAGAAUUAAUUAUUCCUGUAAUGCUUCCUUUGACGACAGUUGCUGCUGUAGUAUUUUGUGUAACGUCUCUGGUUGGUUAAGGGGAAAAUACUUCUAUACACCCGGGAGCUUAAAACGUGUUAACCAGAUUCCUCCUGCAUUUUUGUUUUUGAAAAAAGAAAUACAUUUUCCGACAAUGACAAUGGCGACCACUUACGUUUUUAACAAUUUUAUAUGUCUUGUCGUAUUUUCAUUUGUCCUGCCUGCUCAGGAAGGCUCUUAGAAGAAACGUUCACAUCUUAGAGUCAGUUCACACGAUCAAAGUCCUUUUUAAAUUAGCUUCAAAUUUGUUUAAGAACACACUAUUUUGUGCGUGGUUUAUUUAUUUAUUUUUUUUUGUUGUUUUUUUGACACAAAUGAGAAUUUUAUCAAAUAGUGAUUUGAAAGUUGUGUCAAGGCUUCAUACCAAUAUCGCAUCAAAUGUAUGAUCGAAAAUUUAAAAGGAAUUUAAUAGCGUGAACUGAGCCUGUCCUUUCUUUUGAUUGAAGCUUCUACAUACCUUGUCGCAUUACUUCCUUCUGAAGCAGAUUAACACUGACAGUUGACCUUUCUUAAAUGACGCUUACGUCAAGGGUGUUGUUUGGUGAAUAACAAUACUGAUUUAAGCAUUUGAACAUUAAACCAAUCUUGAACCUGAUUGAUUUCAUUUGUAUGAAGGCAAGUGGAGACCGCGACGGUCGAUGGUAUUCUGCUCGUGGGGAGCCGAGGAGUACGGCCUGAUUGGAUCUACGGAGUGGGUUGAGGUAGGUCAACCAGGACAGGAAGAUGUCAAUCAAAAGUAUUACUUAAAAUUCUUAUUGGUUGAUAGAAUUGAACAUGUACACCUGAUGAAAAAAAAAACAACAAACAACUGAUUUUAAAAAGAGACAGCUCUGAGGAUGAUUGUGACUCUUAGAUUUUUGAUGGGCACAUUCUGUGUACACAUUUUAUCUACUUUUUUUAUUGAAAUCUAAAUUUUGAUAAAAUUUUCUCUAAAAAUGCAAUAUUUAACAAGUGUAAACCAAAAACUGCAAAUAAAUUGAAUGAAAAAUCAAAUGGGAAAUCGUAAAUAUCAAUUUGUGCGGUGGACUCAGUAUUUUGACAAUAAAAAUUGCAUGUUUCUUUUGCAGCAAUACGUAGCACUUUUGCGGGAAAGAGCAGUUGCUUACAUCAACGUGGACAUUGCUGUUCAAGGUAUUUCAUAAUGUGACGUACCGACCGUCAUGAUGUGGUGUACCCAGGGCUGUGGCGUGUGUCCUAAAACCCCAUCGGCAACAGGGGGGGGGGGCCUUGGAUGUUUGAGUUACCCGAAAGUUGUUAAGUUGAAAAAAAAAAAUAAUUGUAAACCUUCAAAUGGAAUGCUUUUUGUGCAAAACUGGAAUUGUGGGGUGCCCAGGGGUGUGGGGUGUGUCCUAAAACCCCCUUGGCAACAGGGGGGGGGGGCCUUGGAUGUUUGAGUUACCCGAAAGUUGUUAAGUUGAAAAAAAAAAAUAAUUGUAAACCUUCAAAUGGAAUGCUUUGUGUGCCAAACUGGAAUCCUCCAGGGUUCGCGUGACGGCUCUGGGUGUACCGUAUGUCCCUUUUUUUUUUGGUGUACCUGUCACUGCGUGGUGUACAUUUAUCAUAGUGUGGUGUAACGUUUGUCAAAGUGUGGAGUACCGUUGUUCAGCUAGAUGUUACCGGGACGCAGAAUGUUUCACAAGUAGAAGAUUUGUUCCUUUUACAUCAUUACACAUUUAAUGGUUGUAAUUUCUAAGAUAAUAAUUUCUUUUCAUUAAAAAAAUAAGCGAAUUGAAAAACAAAAAAGAAAGAACGAGUGAGUUUGCAGGUCUAAAUUAAGUUUUGUUGCAAUAUCUGAUGAGAAGGGCAUUUCAAGUAAGAGGGGCAAGGAGUGUAACGGACAUACUCUUAAUGAAGCUGAUAAGGUAAUUGUUUUGCAGAUGACCCAGUAACCUCAUUAGUCAGCAAAUUUCUGUUUAAUUUUUUUCUAAUGGAGUUGUCUGCUUUUGGGAGUUAGUGGAGGAGACUUCUUAACGAAGGUUGAACUCUAAUUUAACGCUUGUUUGUCCCGCUUGUUAGCGACCACGACGUGAUGAUCGUGACCCAUGUAAUGUGACAAGUUGCUUUUAACUUGUGUAUACAUUUGAAUUUUCGUUUUGUCUCGUAUAUACCAGGACGUUUAAGAUUUUUUAUACUUAAAAAGCUUAAAUAUGGAACAAACUUUGAUUUCCUCAAUGAUGAAAGAUGAGUAGAACAUCUUAAGUUAGGGAGAGAUAAUGUUUAAACAAAGAGUUAUUUCCCAUGUUGAGAGUAAGUCACACUGUGACACAACUCCUGACCGUAUGUUUCUAUCCACAGGUAAUAACACACUGAGGGUCUCAUCCACCCCACUCAUGUACAAUAUCGUAUACGAGGCCAGCAAAAAGGUAAACUGUUUCACAUGGUAAACAUAAUUUUAACUCUGAAAUAAAUGCAACAUUUCAUAAAUACUAAUUCGUGGUACCAUCGAAAGUCAUUCACGUGUCACAGUUUUGUUGAUUUAAUUCGCCUGACCCUCUCAUUUCACGCGCAGGUACCAAACCCCAACACUGCUGAGAUCCAGGCAGGACGUAAGACUGUGUACGACACCUGGCUGCAAGUGACCCCGCAAACGGAUCAUGAAAACACCCUUGUACCUGCGUGAGUUGUCUUUGAACUUAUCCCGCAGCAAACAUGUGCACAGUUUUUGAGUAUAAUCAUUUAAAAAUCGCCAUGGCAACAGUUGAUUGAGCUUCUUUAAGAAAGCAAUCGGGGGGUGGGGGUGGGGGGUGAGGGGGCUUAAAAAAGGGGGGGGGGUUAUACAGCUUUAAAGCAACGAAAAAAAACCCAGUGUUUUAAUAUUAUUUUUAACCAAAUAAAAUCGAACAUCCUUUCAUGGUUCUGAAUGUUCUCAGGAUAACAACGCUGGGAUCAGGAAGUGACUACGCUCCACUACUCCAGAGGGCUGGCAUCACUGCUAUAGAUUUAAGAUACUCAUAUGACCGGGUAUGUAGGUUGUAUUUAAACAAAAACUUAUUAAACGGGACAAUAGUCUCUAUCAUAGAGUGAUAUGAUCUAUCACUGUCGAACAGCGCAAAAUUUAUUGUUCAAUGCAAAUUUAAGAAUGUUUACCAGGUUUCAAUUGGUGCAUUUAUUUUAUUUUUAAUCACGGUUAUAUUUCAAAAUGUCGGUAUGUAAUCAAUCUGUUGAAUAAAGAAGGUAUAUUUUAACGUAUUUCACUGGUAUAAGUUAUUGAAUUAUAUGAGUUUCUGAAUUUUAUGAGUUACUGAAUUAUAUGAGUUAGUGAAUUAUAUGAGUUACUGAAUUAUAUGAGUUACUAAAUUAUACGAGUCAGCGAAUUAUAUGACUUACUGAAUUAUACUAGUUACUAAUCUAUAUGAGUCAUUGAAUUUUAUGAGUUACUGAAUUAUAUGAGUUACUAAAUUAUAUGAGUUACUGAAUUAUAUGAGUUACUGAAUUAUAUGAGUCACUGAAUUAUAUGAGUCAUUGAAUUAUAUGAGUUAAUGAAUUAUAUGAUCCACUGAAUUAUAUGAGUUACUGAAUUAUUUGAGUUACUGAAUUAUAUGAGUUACUGAAUUAUAUGAGUCACUGAAUUAUAUGAGCUACUGAAUUAUAUGAGUUACUGAAUUAUAUGAGUUGAUGCUAAAUCUUAUAUUCACUGACCCCAAAGCAUAGUGCAACAUUUAAGUUUUUAAUUUGUAAAUUUUCAGUAAACAUUUACCCGCUGAGGUUCAUGGUAAUUUUUUAGAAAGAAUUCGUUGAUACAAUACUUUUUUCAGACGCCCGUUUUAGUUGUUUUGCUACAGAUUACAGUGUGUUCCAAUAUGUACAACAAAGGUUGAACCUGCUAAAAUUAAAUAAACACUCUGCCUUGCAGGUGUCACUCUCUGCCUUGCGGGUGUCACUCUCUGCCUUGCAGGUGUCACUCUCUGCCUUGCGGGUGUCACUCUCUGCCUUGCGGGUGUCACUCUCUGCCUUGCGGGUGUCACUCUUUGCCAUGCGGGUGUCACUCUUUGCCAUGCGGGUGUCACUCUUUGCCCUGCGGGUGUCACUCUCUGCCGUGCGGGUGUCACUCUCUGCCUUGCGGGUGUCACUCUCUGCCGUGCGGGUGUCACUCUNAUACAGACACGGGAUGUCAACAUGAACAUUUGGAUUGACAAAUACAGACACGGGAUGUCAACAUGAACAUUUGGAUUGACAAAUACAGACACGGGAUGUCAACAUGAACAUUUGGAUUGACAAAUACAGACACGGGAUGUCAACAUGAACAUUUGGAUUGACAAAUACAGACACGGGAUGUCAACAUGAACAUUUGGAUUGACAAAUACAGACACGGGAUGUCAACAUGAACAUUUGGAUUGACAAAUACAGACACGGGAUGUCAACAUGAACAUUUGGAUUGACAAAUACAGACACGGGAUGUCAACAUGAACAUUUGGAUUGACAAAUACAGACACGGGAUGUCAACAUGAACAUUUGGAUUGACAAAUACAGACACGGGAUGUCAACAUGAACAUUUGGAUUGACAAAUACAGACACGGGAUGUCAACAUGAACAUUUGGAUUGACAAAUACAGACACGGGAUGUCAACAUGAACAUUUGGAUUGACAAAUACAGACACGGGAUGUCAACAUGAACAUUUGGAUUGACAAAUACAGACACGGGAUGUCAACAUGAACAUUUGGAUUGACAAAUACAGACACGGGAUGUCAACAUGAACAUUUGGAUUGACAAAUACAGACACGGGAUGUCAACAUGAACAUUUGGAUUGACAAAUACAGACACGGGAUGUCAACAUGAACAUUUGGAUUGACAAAUACAGACACGGGAUGUCAACAUGAACAUUUGGAUUGACAAAUACAGACACGGGAUGUCAACAUGAACAUUUGGAUUGACAAAUACAGACACGGGAUGUCAACAUGAACAUUUGGAUUGACAAAUACAGACACGGGAUGUCAACAUGAACAUUUGGAUUGACAAAUACAGACACGGGAUGUCAACAUGAACAUUUGGAUUGACAAAUACAGACACGGGAUGUCAACAUGAACAUUUGGAUUGACAAAUACAGACACGGGAUGUCAACAUGAACAUUUGGAUUGACAAAUACAGACACGGGAUGUCAACAUGAACAUUUGGAUUGACAAAUACAGACACGGGAUGUCAACAUGAACAUUUGGAUUGACAAAUACAGACACGGGAUGUCAACAUGAACAUUUGGAUUGACAAAUACAGACACGGGAUGUCAACAUGAACAUUUGGAUUGACAAAUACAGACACGGGAUGUCAACAUGAACAUUUGGAUUGACAAAUACAGACACGGGAUGUCAACAUGAACAUUUGGAUUGACAAAUACAGACACGGGAUGUCAACAUGAACAUUUGGAUUGACAAAUACAGACACGGGAUGUCAACAUGAACAUUUGGAUUGACAAAUACAGACACGGGAUGUCAACAUGAACAUUUGGAUUGACAAAUACAGACACGGGAUGUCAACAUGAACAUUUGGAUUGACAAAUACAGACACGGGAUGUCAACAUGAACAUUUGGAUUGACAAAUACAGACACGGGAUGUCAACAUGAACAUUUGGAUUGACAAAUACAGACACGGGAUGUCAACAUGAACAUUUGGAUUGACAAAUACAGACACGGGAUGUCAACAUGAACAUUUGGAUUGACAAAUACAGACACGGGAUGUCAACAUGAACAUUUGGAUUGACAAAUACAGACACGGGAUGUCAACAUGAACAUUUGGAUUGACAAAUACAGACACGGGAUGUCAACAUGAACAUUUGGAUUGACAAAUACAGACACGGGAUGUCAACAUGAACAUUUGGAUUGACAAAUACAGACACGGGAUGUCAACAUGAACAUUUGGAUUGACAAAUACAGACACGGGAUGUCAACAUGAACAUUUGGAUUGACAAAUACAGACACGGGAUGUCAACAUGAACAUUUGGAUUGACAAAUACAGACACGGGAUGUCAACAUGAACAUUUGGAUUGACAAAUACAGACACGGGAUGUCAACAUGAACAUUUGGAUUGACAAAUACAGACACGGGAUGUCAAUAUGAACAUUUGGAUUGACAAAUACAGACACGGGAUGUCAACAUGAAGUUUAUCACAAAGAAACGUAGAAUCAUCUUCAUUUGGGAUUAGGAGAAAACUCAAUUUAAAGCAGAGUGCUUUACGUUAUGGUUUACUCAAAAUCCUUACUCUAUUUUCUCUGCACACUGGUCAAAGAAAACUGAGCAGGUGGCGUCGUUAGGGUAAGUGACGUCAGGGGCGGGCGCCAAGCUUAUUUGCCACCCCCUUCAAAGAAACGGAAAAAACCCCUCUUCAGUUCGACGAAAAUGUCGCCAUUCACUAAAAGGAACAAUUUUUACCACGUGGACUGCCCCCCCCCUUUUUUUUUCACACCCCCUUCCCCACUUCCCACGGCACUGAAUUUAUCAUAAAACGAAGCCUAGCUUUAUUCGUAUGGAUUAUUUUAUCCUCUCUUGUCUUUCUCUAGAUUUUUUAUUUUGAUUUUUCAUUAACACAUUCUUUGCAUCUGUCAUUUAAACGUCUAAAGCCUGGUAGUGCCAAAGUUAGUCAACGUCUACCAACUUAAGCUAAUGCCAUCCUUUAAAAAAAAAAUCACUUGAAAAGGUUCACAUCGUUAUCUCGACAGAAACUCUACGAUGUUCCCUCCUAUCCUCUCUACCAUACUGAAUAUGAAAUUUUUGAUGUUGUCAAAGAGCAAUUUGACAGAGAUUUUCAAGUAAGUAUGAUGCAGUUAUAUGUAUACCGAAGAACAGCGGCUCUCAACCUGUGGGUCGCGACUCUGUGACCCCUUUGAGGGUCGAACGACCCUUACACAGGGGUCGCCUAAGACCAUCGGAAAACACAUACCGAUGAAGUAGCAACGAAAACAAUUUGUCAUUUGGGGGUCACCGCAACAUCAUGGAUGGUUGAGAGCCACUGCCGGAGAAGCAUUUCAGUAAAAUACAAGUUUAAACGUUCUUAUCGAGAGUAUACAUUUAUAAUGAGUUUAAAACAGACGAAUUAUUUCAAAAGUUCACGGUGUAAUAGAUUGUGUUAUAAUAUUCGGCUUUGAGGGGGGGGGGGGCGGACAGUGUGUUAAAUCUCCAAUGAGCCAUGUAAAGUACGUAACCUUAGAUUGUGUUUUAUUAUUAUUGUGUUACAUGGUGGAAGAAAAUGACGUAAAAACAGAAAAGGUUUCUUGUAUUUCUUUGUAGUAUCCCCCCCCCCACCCCAAACCACAUGCUGCAACUGUUAAAGUACGUAACCUUAGAUUGUGUUUUAUUAUUAUUGUGUUACAUGGCGGAAGAAAAUGACGUAAAAACAGAAAAGGUUUCUUGUAUUUCUUUGUAGUAUCCCCCCCCCCACCCCAAACCACAUGCUGCAACUGUGCUCCUACUUCAUUUCAUUUCAAAAGUUCCACGCUGCCAUGGCCAAGGUUGUGGGUGAAAUGUCAAGGUCGUUGGCGGACUCCCUUCUGUUGCCGUUCAAACUUUUAAAUUACGCCAACGGAUUGGACUCUUUGAGAAAAAUUUUAGACCGAGAGUAUGGUUCAGUCUUAAGUAAAGAUAUAGACAAUUAUGGUAUGUUGUGUUUUGUCUGAGUUAAAACUUCAACUUGUAAAACAAGUCCCUUGGAUAUGCUAAGAAACUUCCUUAUUCAAUAGCUCUACGAAUGUGAACAUAUUUAUUUAAAGAUAUAAGGUAAACGGCUGUGACAGAAGUAAAAGAGAGAGAGGGAAGUGGAGUGGAGUGGUACAGUGGCUGAAGCUUACAAUGUCGUAAAACUGAAAACGUAUUCUGUGCUAAGAAUAGAUUUGAUUUACAGAAAGCAAAUAUAGGCCAAAGGUUUACAGUUUUUUUUUUAAAUCUAAUUUUAUUUGUAUUAGAUCGUCUCGCAGAGAUCAUACAAGGCUUUACAGAGGAUGUGCUGAGCUUUGAAACGCGACUGAAGACCAUAGACACCAAAGAGUGAGUAAAAUAGCUGAUAUCAAAACAGCAAAAGAUGUUGAAUUAUGUAUCGGUCUUUCAUUCUUAAGAUACAACAGUUUUCAAUACUUUUUAAUAAGUUUUGACAAGAGAAAUAAAAAAAAAACUAUCAGCAAAGCAUAUGACAUUCAUCAUCAUCAUCAGUGGCACUACAGCUCUGAAGGACCCCGACCUGCCGAACCACACCCUUCCAUUCAUACAUCAUCAUUAGUGGCUCUACAGCCCUGUAGGGCCCUGGCCUCCUCCACGGAAUUCUUUCACUCUGACCAAUGCAUGGCUUUCCACCUCUAUGUGAGGACCCCAAGCUGGUGUAACUCCUUCUCUACAUCUUCAACCCGUCUCAGACUUGGACGACCGGUGAGCCGUCUGCCCCAAGAUUUCUGUCUGUAGAUCAAUUUUGCUGCUCUACCAUCCGUCAUCCUCACAGGGGGCCAGUUGUCCAUUACAGCGAAGUCUACCUUCUUUAAUUGUUGCGACUACGGGUGGGUGGGUCUUUCAACAAUUGAUAAAUAUCUCUUGGUUUGUACGGAUUUUCCAUCCAUCAUUGUCCAUCACCAGACCGUAUAUUUUCCUGAGGGUAUUACUCUCCAAUGUAAUGAGCAGGUUCUCUGGGUACGGGAGCUAGUCUCACUUGCGCAAACUUCAACUGUUCUUACGGUGGUGUUUUAGGUGGCUUUUUUCUCUGUCCUCCUUGAAGGUUUUUACUUCCUAGUAGCUUUUGUAGGCUGCAUCAUGAACGGUUACCUGCUUGUAUCCUUUCUUUUACUCUGUCAUUAUUUCACUGUGCUGAUUUCUAAAAAUAGCCACGUUCUCAUUGGUGCGUUUGCUUAUUUUGAUGUCAGUAUGCGCUUUUGACAUUACAAUGAACUUUGUCUUUUCUUCAUUUGCCUCAAAACAAGAUUAAACUGAGGCCUCACCAAGCUCAUUGAAUGCAAUAAUCAUAUCAUUGCUGUAUAUGCCCAGCAUUGCUAUGUUGUCCACAUACUGCAACGUUGGCUUAUGUAAAGUUCCUGACGGUUGUAACUCUGUGUUGCUUCUCUGGAAGCAGUUUAAGAUUGUUCCACUGGUGCUCACAUGCAUGUUUCUCAUAACGUUUUCUAAUUUGAUGUUUAACAGGAUACAUGAUAGUGAGUAUCCUUUUCUGAGGCCCUGUUAGAGAAAGAUAUGACCUGUGCUUGAUCUAUUUUUUUCGGAAUUCACAUUGUUAGUCUCCUAUGAUCUGUUCACAAUAUCUUUCCAGUUUUCUUGCUAUUAUUUUUGUGAGGAUUUUUUAAGCUACAUUAAGUAGGGAGAUACCUCUAUAAUUUGAGCAGUUCAGCUAAUUUCUUUUCUUGUGAAUUUGAAUUAUGACCGCAGUACAUAACUCUUUUGGCAUUCCUUCCUCCUGCCAGAUUCAGGAUAUGACGUCAUGUCAGUUCGUUCCCGCCCAGUUUUACCAAUUCUGUAGUGUUAAGGUCUAUUCUUGGGGGAUUUAUUUUGUUUCAUUCAGUGUUGGUUCUCUGACCAAUAGUCACGGUCCUCCUUGUGCUAGUUCGUAAUCCUAUUGGCUCCUCCAAGUGAGCCCUUUAGCAACCAUUCAAAGUGUUGUGCCCAUCUCUCUAGUACCCUGCUGCUCUCUGUGCCCAUCUCUCGAGUACCGUUCUGCUCUCUGUGCCCAUCUCUUUAGUACCGUCUUGCUCUCUGUGCCCAUCUCUCUAGUACCGUACUGCUCUCUGUGCCCAUCUCUCUAGUACCGUGCUGCUCUCUGUGCCCAUCUCUCUAGUACCCUGCUGCUCUCUGUGUCCAUCUCUCUACCACCCUACUGCUCUCUGUGCCCAUCCCUCGAGUGCCGUACUGCUCUCUGUGCCCCUCCCUCGAGUACCGUACUGCUCUCUGUGCCCAUCCCUCGAGUACCGUACUGCUCUCUGUGCCCAUCCCUCGAGUACCGUACUGCUCUCUGCGAGCAGUUCUCCAUCCAUGCUUAACAAUGUGUGUGAUAUUGCCUGAGAGCCGCUUUUUUACUGCUUUAUUUCUUUUACUGUGGAGGUUACACAUUCUUUCUUUAUAUUUGAUUUCAACAAGUAGGUGAUCCGCCCUUCUGAAGCUUCUUACAUCUAUUAUGUUGGAGUAUGUGAUUUAUUUGAUUACGUGUAAAUCCAUCUUUCAUAUCCCCGUCGCUUUGCGUACUUGUUUUUGUUGGAAUAUUGCGCUGCUGAUCGUCAUUCCUUUUUCCUGUAGCGAAGUCUAUUAGACGUGCUCCAUUGUCCACAAAAAAAAAAAUCAAUUUGUCCGGUGAAAUCUCCAGCAACUGUUUUGGUAUCUCUGUGAGGUGUCUCAUUAAAUUUUCUUUCAAGCGUUUCAUAGCAAAAGUUUCCUUAAUUCUGCCAUAGGCAUCUUCGGUCGGAGUCUGUGCGCAAAUUAACGUCAUUAAAAACACAUUUCCUCUUAUCCAUCUGGAGCAUGGGGGGGGGGGUCACCAAACUGCGGUCCGCGGGGCGGAUCCGGCCCUCGACGUCAGUUCACUCGGCCUGCAAACGAUACUUGAAUUAUCUUGAUCAAACGUAUGGAACACGAGACGUAAUAGAAUUAAAACAUUAUUUUUCCAAUAUUAAAGAGAUGUUCACACGUGCGGAGGACUCCUGGCUGCGAUGCGCCUUAAAUUUACAAUUUUCAAUUUUAAAUAAUUUGUAUCUAUAUUUUCUUGUUUAUUGCAGACCAGUUUACCCCCCAAACUCCUAAAAUCGUACAGUAUCUUCUCAAAAUCGCACAAUGCGGUAACUUAAUAGUCAAUAAAUAAGCGUGCAGUAAAUUAUAAUGAAUACAAUAACCUCUCGCAUCGCAGUGCCUAGUGGGAGCGAGUUAAGCUGGUAUAAAAAAAGGUAACUUCUAGAAGUAGACGACCCACGUUUAUAUUGCAAUCUGCUGUCACCUUGUUUUGCAGACGUGUAUUUGCCAUAGAUAUUAAUUUAUAUUUAGUAGAAGUACAGAUCACAUUAUCUCAGUCUGUCACUGGUGAAAAUGAUGUUACCGCUGACAUUUAACGUGGUUCAAGCUCGAAGUCAGAUCAGCAUAAAAACAAGAUGUAUUUCGAUAAGACUUAAUUAACAAAUGAUGCCAUCAUUUAGAAAAACUGCCAGGUAACCUGAGUUGUUUUUUUUAAAGGACAAGUUUAAUUAAAUUAUCAUAAAAUAAGCAUCAAUAUCAAUUAAGACUAUUCCCGCUAAUAUAUAUUAUAGUCUAACUACCACAAAUAUGUGAAUGUGUGAAAGGAAGGGGAGUGUUGGAAAGAUACGGGGGGGGGGGGCAUUACCACAUGUACUCGCCACGGGUGAAACAUCAGCUUUCGGCAUGGUUCAGUUGUGCGGAGAACAGAAGAGCUUGGAGAGAACACAGUGCUANGGGGGGGGUGCGGGGGGGGGGGCAUUGUCUGGUCCUGGAUGAGAUUAUUAGGUUCGAAUAUGCGUGCACUAGUUCUGUUUUAACUAUCUUUUUGUUAACGUCGCCGUCUUUGAUACAUUUUUUAGCACAUAAAUAUGUUGGUUGUCUUUCAUUUUUGUACAUUCUACGCCACUCACCCAUGGGAAAACCAAACUUAGCUUUUCGUCUUUUUUUCUCAAAGCUUUCGUUCUGGCUUUCAAGUAUUAUGAUUAUAAGGCCCGCACCCGUCAUUUUAUCCGUUAUACGGCCCACGGUGAAAAAAGUUUGGUUACCCCUGCUCUGACGCAUAGUCUUUCAAUCGCUGGUUUGAGCCCACUGACUGAAAUUUAGUGUCCACCUUUUGACUGCAAACCCUGUUUCUAACGUGUUUUUUUUUAGGCUGUAGAAUAUUGUAUGUUCCUUAGUACUUAGUAUAUCCGAGUCUUUCCAUCUGAUAUCUUGCAGUGCAGCAACAGUGAUUCUAUAUAAACUUCGUCACUGAGGCUGCCCAGCGCUCCUACUCUGUGUAGACUCAGCACAUUCCAGGUCGCCACCCUAACUUAUGUCCUUGUCCAAGCACAGGUUGAAAUCCAUAAAUAUCAUUCCAUUUAUGCGUUUGUCAUUUAGUUUUCGUAACAUUGGAUCUUUGACGUUAUACUGUCCUCAGUCAUGCGCGCAACCCUCUUUGGGGAUCCCCCUUACAGCUCUCGGAGUAGCUGCAUCUAUUUUGGCUCAGGUACCCAGACAUUGUAAAUUCCAAAACGUAUGACAUCGAUUUAUCUUAUUCAAAAGAUAACCAUAAUACAUAUUUCCAUAUAAGAACGUACAACUUAAAUUAUGGACCAAACAAUUUGACAUGAUUUUUUAAUUGGAAGAUUCUGGAUUAGUGGCAUCGCUGGUUGUUAUCGCCAUCUGUGGUAGCAUACCUUGUUAUUCCCAUCCCAAAUGAUGGACCUCGUACCGUAACAGACCACAAAGAAUGCGUAGUGAAUUUGUCAUAAUAAAGUAAUUUUCGUUUCACCUAUUUCUGUGUUGUCACCCAGGCUUGACUGCCACUCCCUGGUGAACAAGAACUUUCAAAAUAAACUCCAAUAUUCGCUUAUUUAAAAAUUUCCAUUUACACCUCUAACACCAAACCUUACAAUUACUGAAAGAUGAUAUUAUAUUUCAUAGUUAAGCUCAGAAUAGUUAGAGAGGCUACAUGUUUUUUUUUUGUUUUUUUUUCAUUUGCAGUCCCCUGGCAAUACGUGCAGCCAAUGACCAAAUGUUGCUUUUGGAGCGUGCAUUUCUCGACCCAGCAGGCUUACCGGAAAGACCCUUAAAAAAGUAACCAUGCCAUAAAGUAUUUCGUCUUAUAAUCGAUUGUUUUCAAUAUUGAUUUGUAAAAAAAAAUAUUUUUACGCCGCAACUUCGUACGUUACAAGAUGUUGUAAUUUUACACUUCAUCAAUGUUUUUCGUGCCUUAUAUUUAUAUUUUUUUAAAACAGAAUGAGCCUCUUAUUAGUUUGAGGUGGUAAGAGUUUAAUGCGUUUCCCUAAACGGGUUAACUAUCAGAAACUUCACAAUGAUUGGAAUCAUAUGUCAAUGAUAUGUCUUUACUUUUCAUAUUUGUCCACAGACACGUGAUCUUCGCCGAGGACGCCCACGACUCGUACGCGGGGACCAGCUUCCCCGGUCUCGUCGACCUUCUUUUCGAGAUCGAAAAACAUCCAGAGAGAUGGGAGAAGGUCAGGCAUCACUUCUCAGUGAUCUUACAGAUCAUCCAAUCAGCGGGCGCCACACUUCGUGACGUUACAAACUUCAUGCCUGAGAUCCCAUAACGCUAUGAUAUUCAUGCUCGAUAUGAUGAUUUUUAUGUUUGAAACCUGUUCUCCAUGAAUGUGUAAUGAGAUUUAGUAUUGCAGCGAUCCUUGGUGAAUUCACAAUCGGAUAGGUCAGCCCUGCACAACAUACGGUCCGCGGGCCGCGUGCGGCCCGCCAGCACCCACUUUGUGGCCCACGAAGUAAAAAAAUAUUCUUUAUUAUUAUUAAUUUCUUAAUAGCUUUCCCAUCUGUCCUAUUUUCUUUCGGCCCGCACAAGUUUUUGGUAAAGUAAUUCGGACCGCCUAACAUUUUGAGUUGUGCAGCCCUGGGAUAGGUCGUCUCAAUCCUCUUUUUAGUUUAUAAUUUAUUUUUCGCGAGCUCUGUAUGCAUGUUGCAUGAAUGACAGAUAAUGUUGUAGCCAUUGAAAUUAAGCUUUUGUGUAAUGUAUAUGCAUUAAUAGUGGUAUCAAUUACCUUAGCAUGUUUUGGUACCAAUUAUUAUCUACUUCGUAAAAUAACAACUGAUUUCGUUCUUAGCCAUCGUCAUUAUGUCAUUUGGAAUGCGGGAAAGUGGGGACAUCAUGGAAUAAUAAACCUAUGAGAUUACAGCAAAAACAAUUUGGGCACCCCCCCCCCCCCAAACAUCUC